CAACAAACGGGCCCGACUGGACUUUGUCUAAGCUAGGAGCAAUUAUAUUAAUUUUGCUUUGAUAUUACUUUCUAUAUUCAUCUUUGAAUUGGCCUGGGACAUUCACACCCAAAACUUUCUGCGAAUUUUUGGCUCUCCGCAUCAUCGCAGCGGAAGCAAUUUUUUCUUAACUUUACGACUGCAGCUAUACCUCAAAACACACUUUCUUGAUAAACAUAAUGGCUGUGGCCAAGCAAGAGUCCAGAUCGUCAUCGCCGGCGUCGGAAAGCGAAGAGAGCGGGUCGAGCAGAUCGUCGUCUCCGGCCAACGUGAAGCAGGAGGCCGAAGAGUCGUCCAGCGGAGAAUCAGAGUCGGAAAGCGGAUCAGACGCCUCCAGUGAGAGCGGCGAGAGUGGUAGUGAGAGUGAAAAUGAGAGGGAGGCCUCCCUGAAGGAGGAAGAAAAGAGCGAGGAACCUACCAGGAAGAAGUCUAAUAUCUCGUUUAUCGAACCGCAAGCCUUCAAACCACCAUUGGGCUUCAAGUCCGCGAAAAAGCAGUCCUCAUCCUCCAACGUCUCAUCCCUCCUCUCCAACCUCCGCGGCAAGCAGGUCUUCCAUAUCACCGCCCCAUCCUACCUCCCUAUCUCAAAAGUGAAAGACAUUUCGUUAGCCAAGGUCAUGCAAGGCGAGCCGGUAUUGAAACAUGACGGCGUGAAUUAUGGGAUACCGGCGGACAGCAUCAGCCAAGGCGAAACGGACGGAAAGACACUCUUUCUUCACGACUCGAGGACCCAGAAAUACCACAGCACGCCUGCGAAUAAUGUCCAAAGCUACCACGUUCAGGAGUUGAUCAGUAUUCCGGAGAGCAAUGGCCCGGCAUCGAUUGCGGCGCAGGACUACGAAAAGCCCCCGAGGACACAACCCAAGAACCUGAAGAUGCGCUUCCGGCCCGUGGGAAGUGGAGACGGACCCGCGGAGACGCUUGGUAGCUCCGAAUCAGAGGAGGAGGACGAGAAGCCGAAAUUCAAGGUUCCCAAGGGGUCUUCUGAGAAGGAAGAGCGGAAGCGGAAACACCACCACACUGAAGGAGACAGCACUCAGGCAACUGCGGCUCCCCGGAAGAAGUCGAAGAAGCAUUCAUCUGGUGAUAAGAUGGACGUCGACGAGAAGACUGAGAAGAAGUCCAGCAAGAGUAAAGAUGAGAAGAAGCGGAAAAAGACGGAAAAGGCUUGAGCGUAGCUCUUGUUUGGACAUUUCAUCUGUGCUUCCAAAAGUUGAUAUAGAUGGGGAUUGCUUGUAUCUUACUGCAUCAUGGCGUAUGAAAUGGUUGAUUUUUAGUUGUAAAGUACUGUACAUACCUAGUCUGCUAGAAUGCAUCGGCUUAUUCAGACUUCUACUCCGUAACUACUGACUCUGGUAUCUAAACUCCAUAUCAGACUCUCAUAUCGGCCCACCGUAUCGGGUCGAUCAUUCUGAUAUGAUCCAACCCAGUCUCCAUACAUUACCCACGCAGUUAGAUCAGAUAUAAGACAAUGGAGCCAGCAUACUUGUAUUCUCA